ACGACACAGGAAAUGAUGUCACGAGCCUGGUUAUGAGGAACUGGUUUAUACAAACAAGUAGGAUAGUCAACACAUGCCAGUCUAGCUAUUCAAAGAGAUCGCAGUCAACUCAAAAAUGAUGAAAUGGAGGUUACUGUCUGUUCUGCUUUUUCUGUUCAUGACUGGAUUGUGUAAUGGGUGCCUAGGGCCAGGGGGAGAUUAUAGCUUCAGAUUACGCCUAACAGAAAAGUGUAUCGAAACAGAAAGAGGACGUGUCAGGAUCCCCUGUGCGUUUACUGCUCCAAUGAGAGCGCUGUCCGGCCGACAGGUCUGGUUCAGAGGCAGUCCCGAAUUCCCCCUCAGCCCCGCCGACGUGCAGAAGAAGCCUGGACUGAUGAGACCGAUGAUUUCCACGGAAUCAGAAUGCAGUGUUGUUUUGCGGAACACACCGGACACCCCUGAGGAGUACGGCUUCAUGUUAGAAUGGGGAGCGAACGAAAGACACAUUUUUCCUGAUAGGGUUAAAGUGGCCUCAUGUCUUGCGAAAGUGGAGCUGACUCCAAGAACUUACUCCGAGAACCUUUUAGCUGGAAAGGAGACUUUUUUAAACUGUAGCCUUUCGAAGCACUGCCCUGGUAUUGAUCCAAAAAUAACCUGGAAUGGGUUCAUCUCAACCCCAAAAGUAAUGCAAAAAUCUAAAAAAGAAAUGCAUGAAUAUUCAGGGUAUUCUGAAAGGGUCCUUUAUACGCCUGUACCUGAGGAUCAUCAAGCAGAGAUCACAUGUGAAGCAAUGUUUGGGAAAAAUCAGAGUGCAAGUGCUAAAACAGUUUUGACGGUUCACUCUCAUCCUCAGAUACUGAACAGCUCUGCAUGCUCUCUGCAACAGGAUCAGCUCGCUUGUGUGUGUGUCAGUCAAGGAGUGCCUUUGCCUGAUAUUCACUGGCCUCUGCUACAAAACAAACCACAUAUUACUGAAAGCAGCGAAUCAUACGUCACUGCUAGAAGCACCUUCACAAUGACCGUUGUGAACUUCACAAGUAACAGCACUGUCAUGUGUGUCAGCAGAAACUACCUUGGUCAGACAAAUAUGACUCUUCCAGUCAACAUCACUGAAGGUCUUACAAAUGCAUAUAGGUGGACAAUCAAAGGCCUGCUGAUUGCUUUAUUCAUUAUACUGGCAUUCUGUGUGAUUUGUUUUUGGAUUAAAGCUAAAUACCAAAAACUAACAGAGGUGCCCUACAGCUCACUGGAAAAGACAGCAGAGACAAUGAACACUGAAAACAACACAAAAACACCAUGAACACUCCAAUGGUUUUUUUUGAGCAGCAAAAUAGCAAUGAUUGCACAUUUAUACUGAUAUUUGCAGAUAUCCGCUUAACACAGAUUUAUAAAAGGCACUUAAUUUCUUACAUUUUAACAAAUGGUUUAGCUCUUUACUUCUUUAAAAUGGUCACGACCUCUUGGUAUUUACAAAAGAGCCUACCUUUUUUUUAAAUGACUAAUGCUAUUCUGUUUGUAUUCAGAGCUUUACACUGAUGGAGUAAUUGCUUAUGAUUGGUUGAGAAAUAUAUAUUUAAAAAAAGUUAAUUUCUCAGGGGCAGCAGUGCUGUGUGAAAUGUACCGUUGAUACGUGUUAAAAACUUGUGCUAUUUGGAAAUGUUCCUUUUACGGUGUCCCAAGAAUAAUUUCUUAAGAUGCAUAUCCUGUGUUUAUGACCCUCAAAAUGACCCCUCUGUAUGCAUAUACAUCCAUAAACACUCUAGAAACCAAA